GAACAGCGAGACGCACUGACAGCGAGCUUACAGUGGAGCCGGCCUUUAACAUUUUAACUGCGCAACAAAUAUUUUACAGCGAAAAAUUGGGCUGAAAGUAAGUCGUGAGAAGACUCGACUAUGUCUAUGACCGUGAAAGCCUAUCUCCUUGGGAAGGAACACAUACCGAAAGAAAUUCGUCGCUUUGCUGUCGACCAAGAUGUUUCAACGAGUUUUGAGUAUUUGAAUCGAAAGGUUGUUGAUGUUUUCUCAACACUGCGAAAUGUCCCCUACCAAAUGUUUUACAAAGACGAGGACGGUGACAUGAUCGCCUUCUCCACACCAAGGACUGCGACGUCGGGGCCGCCCUGGACACCAUCCACUACUCCAAACCCCCCCAGAAGUAAAGGGGCCUAAACAAAUAACCCUGAGGCACACCACUCCUCCAUCCCCCUAUCAUAGCCAUUUCACCAAUACUGCCUUCUCUUUCUGUCCCUCUAAUCUAAUUCACAUCUCUCUGGCAAUUAGUACCUCAAGCAAUAAUUGUCUAUUAGAUCUGAAUAUGUAAUGGUAAAUCUCUUGCUAUUUUAAGAUAUCUAUUGUACUGACACUUAAGUAUAAAGGAUUUACUAAUCCGGUAUUUAUCUUAAUGAUAAUUAUGACUUUCUAUAACCGUUUAACUCAGCGUUAACAUAUACAUGUGUUCAUUUUUAAAUUGGAUUGAAAGGAGUAAAAUGUUCACCAACAUAUAGAAUAUUAACUCAAGAGCAAGUACCAUGCAAGUUGUCGAUUAAUCAAGUUACGGUUCUUACACUUAUUAUUGCCAGACGUAUAGUCUGUCGUGUCUAUUAUCGGUGUCAUCAGAUUCAAGUGAAGGGUGUGAAUCAUGACUGUCUAACUGAAAACAUUUCUCCUCCUGUCAAGACCAAAUAAAAUACUUCUGCAAA